CACGUCACGAGACUUCCAGCCCAACUAUAAUGUCAAACCAUUUACAUAUUCUUUUCACAAUCAUUCAUCAUAAAAUAGCUUGAGGUUAGCUAUGAACCACUCUAUACGCCUAACUAGCUUAAACCCUUCACCGAACAGCUCAUUUCUAGUUUUCGCUAUCAAAUGGCUGCCUUAGAUCUCUUCUUCUCAUUCUUACUCUUGUUGAUCUUCUUCUUCAUCAUUCCAACACGGGCUUCCUGCCCCCACUCAAGCUGCCCAGGCGGACCGACAGUCCGCUUCCCUUUCCGGCUUCGGAUACUCCAACUCCGGCGUUGUGGGUAUGCAGGGUUUGACCUCUCAUGCAACAACGAAACCCUUCAAACCACACUCUCUCUCACAAACUCUAGUGGCAAUAACUUCAUAGUCCAAACCAUAGAUUACGAUCUCCAAACACUUAUUGUCAACGACCCCGAUAACUGCCUCCCCAAACGCUUCCUAGACCGCAGCUUCGACAACCCCCCCGACACGACGCCGUUCCGCAUCCAAAGUUUCCAAAUGUACACGUUCCUCAAAUGCUCGCCUCAGGCAACGUCGUUUCCAGUCACGGCCAGGAAUAUUUCCUGCCUCAGCGAUGAGAAUCACACGGUCUUUGCUAUGCCGUCGAGAGAGUACGAUAAUUGGCUUCAGUCUAAGGCUCCGUCACCGUCGCCGUCACCAUCGUCGUCAGGACCUUCGUGCGCGGUGAUUUCGGGUGUUCGGGUUCCGGCAAGAGCUACGCAUGAAUGGGGUGUAUUUGGAGAUGCCAUAGAAGGUGUUGCGUUGACUUGGUCAACGCCUGAUUGUAGCCUUUGUGAAGCCAUUGGGAGAGAUUGUGGGUUAAACAGAGAUGCUAGUCAGAUUGUCUGCUCUGAUCCUAAGGCUAAAACAAAAGGUCUUCCAAGAAGUGCAAAAUACGGCAUAAUCAUAGGCGUGGGAAUACCCGGGUUCUUAUGUAUCCUUGGACUAGCAAGUUAUGUCUGCGGCAGAAUAAGUGCUUAUGGUCGCCGCAACCGGCCAAACAUGGACCUCUCUACCUCAGCUUCUCAGCAGCCCGCUAUUGUCGUAGUGGGCCUCGACGGUCCAACUAUCGAAUCGUACCCAAAAACUUUGCUAGGUGAGAGUCGGAGGUUGCCCAAGCCCAACGACACCACUUGCUCCAUAUGUUUGGGUGAGUACCAACCCAAUGAAGAACUGAGGACUAUACCAGAGUGCAACCAUUACUUCCAUGCUACUUGUGUAGACGAGUGGCUCAAAAUGAACGCAACUUGCCCCGUUUGCCGGAAGUCACCGGAGGGCUCAGCUCUUAUAACCCCUUCGUCUUCAAUGUCUUCAUCUUCAACUUCUUUACCAUCGCCAUAGAAUUCGAUGAUCUAUUUUUUGCUUCCUUGUCGCUUUUUGCAACAAUUUAAUUAUAGUAUGGUUGUGAUUUGUUUUGUAUAUAAUAUACUUAGGGCUUGUAAUCGAUAGAGACAAUGAUUGUUUUGUAAUACAAUAAUUUCCUUAGUUAACGUGGACGAUGUUGUUUGUUG